CCCGUCCGAGAAAAACACUAUUUUCCAUUUACAUUUUUCAAUAGCGACGCUUCUUUCCAAGAGUUCCAGAACCCUUGCUAAGACUUAAAUCAAAUUUCAUCCCCUGUUCCAUUUCUCGAUUCAAGAAAACCCUUGUUCUAUUUCUCGAUUUUUUUGGCACUUGUUUGAUCGCUGAUUUUGCCGGAGUAUUGGUGAUUCCACCGGAGCUGGAGAGAGGUUGAAAGAGAGCAUCAGACUACCGUCGCCCAUCACCCCUCCGCUGCCUCCCUCCGCAGUCGCUACCGCUCCAGCUGAAAUUCGAUCGCGGUUUCCCUCCGCGCUCGCUCCAAUUGAGAGGUUAUUCUCUGAUUCUCUCUCUCUCUCUCUCGCACUAGCAAACUCUGUAGGUUAGAGAUUCGACUUUCUCCGAUAUGUAACAGUUUCGACUGUCUUGGGAUUGUAGUCGCAGUGGCUGCAUGCAGUAUAGUAUUUUAGGGAUUGUAGUACUGGACUUUGAUAUAGAUUUUGAAUCUGUAGUAGAUUCGAUCUCCUUACGCUUUUGAAUAUGUCUCUUGUCUAAAUGAUUCUAAACGAUUCAGUUGAUUUGAUCGAAUAGUUAUAGUACUAAACUUUGAUAUAGAUUUUGACUCUUAUACUGUGAUUUAGUUCAUCAUUAACAGGUAUAUAAACUGAAUAACCAUGAUAAACGAUGGACAACCUAGCUGCUGAAUCUGCGCUGUAAAAUGGAAUCACAGGUUAGUUCCUUGUCUCUCUGUGAUUAAGUGAAUGCAUAUAUAUGUUUAUAGGGUAUAGUUUGAUUGAAGACUAUAGUUUCCACCGAGUAGAACAUCUAUGCUGAGCCAUCGUUUAUUCAUAAGCUAACUAAUACCAAUGAUCAUAUACUAGCUAGCCGGUAAUCCUAUAUCAAUGCCCCUUCUUUUUGUUAAGAUAUGCCAGAUAGUUUUGAAGCUGAAGUGUAAAUGGUAGUCCAAGGAAUGUUUUGGAGCACUAGAUCCAAAAUAUAUUUGCUGGGAUAAAUUUUGAGUGAUAAGUUUAAAUAUUAUUAGUAUGGUUCACAUCAUUGGGAGUAAUGGCUUGAUAUCGUUGUAUGUGUUCCAUGUGUGCAUGGAAUGAGUACAUGGUGCUAAUUCAAUAGAAACAUAACUUCUCAUAUUUCUAUCUGGUUGUUGUUUUUGUCUUGUGUGGUCCAUGUAUCCUCUGGUGCUGCUGUAUGUUUUUGUCUUGUGCUAGUAAUGGGCUUCCUCAAGGGUACCCUAAGUUUAAGGUUAACCUCUAAUCCUAAUGAUAUCAUGCACCUUUGAUUUUUGCUUAAUUUUCUUCCAUCAUUGAACCUGUUUCCCCCCCCCCCCCCCCCCCCCCCCCCCCCCCCCCUCUACUCCUUUGACUGAGUUCUUACAUUUCCAGAUUAUUACUUUGAACAAGAAUAUGUUACCGGAUGAACUUUCGGGGUACCUUAUGCAGGCACAUCGAGACUUGGAAAGGGAAGCAAUGAGAAAAUCACUUGUGCUGUUGAAGAAUGGGAAAAAUGGGACUCAACCAUUGCUACCCCUCCCCAAGAAGGCUUCAAGAAUUCUAGUUGUGGGUACCCCUUCUCAACCAUUAAUACAAUAUUUUAUGGUGAUGAUGCAUACUAUUGAAUAUUGAUUGCUCGAUAGAACGAAUGUCAAAACAGGCUAGAAGCCAAAAAUCAUCUUAUGCAUUUAGUGGCAAACAAGUUAGAUCAGAUCAUAGCAUUCGGGUUAUUUCGGGUUGCAAGACAUGCUAGGAUGGGUCAUUAUGGGUAUCAGUCGGACCGAAAAUAUUAUAAAUAUGGGAAAGGAAAGCUCACUUCGAGCUUGAUUAUGAACGGGCAGACUGAAGUGAACUGGAACGUAUGGAAUUUUGCCUUUUCUCGAUUUUGCUUUUGUGCAGAGUGUUGGUUGAAAAACAAAAGGAUGUAUUGGAUUCUGAUAGGUAGGGAGCUGUGGACACUACAAUGUGGAUUUCUAGGCUCAUCUUUGGGAUAGGAGAGGUAAACUAUUUAAUCACCAUACAUGACCUUUUCUUUGUUCUACUACAAUCAAGAGUUAUCCCUGUUUACUCUUUUAUCUUGCUCUUCUUCUACUCUCAUUUAAUGUAUUGUUGUCUUGGCAAUAGAAUAUGACACCCUUCACAUCAAAGUAAGUCUUCUUCUUUUCAUGGUUUUGGCCAGUUUAGUUGUCCCUACAUGCUUAAUUUGGUGGAUAAGAAGUCUAGUAGAAGCACAAAAAUAGUUGAGCAUUGUUUGGAGAAGAAACCAAACAUCCCACAAAUCUGUCUUUGUUUUCUUUCUUUCUGUACUGUUUACUGUGUCUUUAAAAAAGUAGGGAGAAGAGGACAUAAGCACGUAGUCAAGGAUUGCUCUGUUUCUCGAUGCUCGUCUUGUUAUAUAUGUACUUGAAUUAGUGUUGGCUUGUAUGGCUAAGUAGUUUUUUUAAUAUGUAAAUCCUGACAUCUCUUUUAUCUUAUGAACAAGGUGCCUCCAGUGCUCAAGCUCCGUCUUUGGAUUCUCAAGCUUCUUGAUCAGAUGUGUCGUGAAUUUCUUAUAUGAAGGAUUUUGGAUCAUAUGAUCUAUUCAUGUAGCUUCGAACAGGUUCUUUUAAGUACUUGGAAUAUCACGAAUGCGCUAUUAUUACUUCGUUUAUGUCAGUUAUGUAUGAAUGUUUAUGGUGAUAAAUAUUUAGCCAUGUAAACAUCAUUUUGGAUGAUGAUUCGUAUCAUGUUAUGAUUCAAGAUAUGAAAGGUAUACGUUAUGUUAAGAAUUUUAUUAACAAGCUUGUAUUCGUAUUUGUAUAUAGUGACUAGGCUAUUGGCAACCAAACUAGAGCCACUAAUUUUAUUGUUUUUGCUUAGUAACAAAAAAUUUAGCUACUUUUUGGGUUUCUACACAAAAUAUUGUCAUGCAGUCACAAAUUAUGCAAGGGUUUAAACCCCUGCAAGCAUCAUCUCAUAGUUGUUAUAAGAAGGUGUAGCAAGGGUUUUGACCCUCGCUAAUUUAAGCAACAAAUUUCUCAAGGGUUACAAUCGAUGCUACUAGCGUAUCUUUACAUAAUUUUACACAGACAUGUAGCAAGGGUUUGAACCCUUGCUAGUUGUAGGAAUGAAUUUUCCAAGGGUUU